AUGUUUAUUUGCUCUGGUUAUCGCAAACCUUACGGUUCUGCUUUGGACUGUGUCAGAAGUGCUUUUCAGCCGCGAAACGAAACCGUCAACGUUUGGACGCACUUUGUUCCGUUUCUGCUUUUUCUCGUACGCUUCGCGUCCUUAUUUUGGAAGUACGGCAUCACCGACACUUACGCCUACCCUUUGCUGUCGUUCGCUAUUGGAAUAUGUGGAUUUUUGUUGAUGAGUUCUGGCGCUCAUCUGUUCAAUUCCAUGUCUCCUAGAGUUCGCCACAUUUGUUUCUUCUUCGAUUAUGCAGCGAUAAGCGUGUAUAGUGUUGGAGCAGGACAAGCAUUUUAUUUCUACAGUCGCUCGUUCGAUAGCGAUAAAAUGCUCUUCAGUUCUUCGACCAUUUUUCUCAGCGUUUCUUGUCUCAUCUCUGUUUUGUCAACUGUAGUUUGUUGUGCCUCUCGACACCGAUGGUCAAAGAUGAAGUACGUUAUUCGAACAUUUUGCUUCGGGGUUGCCUUUCUGUGCAAUAGCGCUCCAUAUUUGCAUCGCCUUCUCGUGGAACCGUCUGCUACACUUGAAACAGAGCACGAGCAACUGGCUUUUUCGUAUUUCAUGAGGCAUUGCUACUUCUACCUGAUUUCAGCUUUGGCAAACAUGUCCAGGAUGCCAGAGAGAUUAAUGCCAGGAGUUUUUGACAUAAUAGGGCACAGCCAUCAUUUCCUACAUGUUUUUACAGCCCUUGGUUCCGCCGACCAGUUUACAGCCAUCCAGAUUCAAAUGGAGUCGAGACGCAACGAUUUGGAACGCUUUCCAAUAGCAACUUUUGCGAACAGCUUAGGUUUAAUGGUAGUAAUUUGUUUAAUUAAUUGUGGGAUUGUUUUAAGGUUUGGCAGUAAGCUACGAUCAGAUAAGGAAGAAGAGCAUAAGGAAAUUUAAUAGAUUAAAAUUAAACGCUAAAUUUUUCUUUCUUGCAUAUCGAAUAAGAGCGGAUUUAAUGACCAAUGGUUUACAAUAAUUUUUGCAGGUGCGUUGAGUUAUUAGAUUACUCCGUAUCACGGAUAUGCACUAAAUUGCGCUUUAGUUAUUUUUGUAACGCCAACUUUAUCAUGGCUUGAGACGAUUUCCCAUCAUAAAAAUGUCGAAAUUUUGUAAAAGUGGAAAUUUCUAUUUCUCUUUAGCUUAACCUGAGAGGAAACAAUACUUGCAUAGUUUUGUAUAAAAUUAAGACGUUUGAAAUAACAGUAACUUAUGAAAAAUUUAUUGUAAAAGAUCCUUCUUGAAAUUAUGCAAAUAAUUAGGAUCAAUAUUUCACCUGUUAUUUUUGCUUGCUUCUUUGAAAUAAAGAAAAAAAGAAAGAAUGUGAACGGUGGAAUGACAUUUUUUUUCUUAAAAACCUUGUCUUCUAAAAUGUCCUGUUCAUGAAGAAAUGAGAAACCUUUAUUUGUGGAAAGUUGUCAAACAAUUUGGCCCUGCCACAGGCAGUCCAACACAGACAGGGACCUCUAAGCGGGAUUUAGAAAUUGGGGGAGGUGGGUGGGGACUAAACCGGACCCGUAUUAAAUGCUCUUUAAUCUUCCAGGGACAUUUGACAUCUUGGUGGCCAGAGAUGGCUUCUUUCAACAGGAAAAGACAAAAACUAAGGUCAAAUUGUUCCAAACUCAGUGACAUUUAGGAUGGAAUGGACUACCUUUAAUACUGGUACUUAAUUUCGCGUUUUUCGCCAUUGUAAAAAAAAUCGCGAAAUUAAAGACCUACGAAUGAAAAUCCUCGUGAAAUUCAAACACUCGAAAGUUAAUACUUGUAGAAAAUUCUGUUAUAACAACAGCCACCUGAAGAUCCAUUCGAAGAUUUGCAAUGAUCAGAUGAUGUUUAGAAAUGUUGUGGCGAACGGGUCGAAAAAUCUAACCGGCCUUUCAGGGACAAACUUUUAAAUCAGUGGCUUCAAAAGAUCCAAAAUAAAAGAAAUAAGAAGAACAAAGAGUUCAGCAAGAGUGGAAAUUUUGGAACUGAAGUAAUUUUUGUUAGCUAUGAAUAUGAAAAGAGGGGUCUGAAAAUAAACUUUUAGUUUCGCCUUGCCCGCCGGAAUGUAAUUUUAAAAGCGAAACGAAAAUAGAGCCUGAUCUCAGUAUAAAUUAGAGAAGAUCAUGAAAUAUAAGCAAACUGGAAUCUGAUGUCGUAUCCGUAUCUGAUACCGUAUCUGAUCUGAUUUCCACUUUGCUAGUCUUCGGCCGAUCCUCUUCAGAAAGUUCUCCGCCAGGACCACAGUCUUGGACAGAAUAAUUAACAAUUAUUCCUCGAGCCCGAAUGGGUUUGCCGUCUUCUUUGCUCUCCCGUCCUGUUGCCGUAAGUUCACUAAUAGCUCUUGAUGCGUACAGAUAGAAGGGUUAGAUACAUUAUGCCGGCAUAAUUUUGGGCAUAAUGCUAUGGUCGGAGCAUCGAGCAUAAUGCCGGCAUAAUGGCCAUUUUUUUUUUCAGUAUAAAGAGACUGAUAAUGAAAAAAUAAUAAUAUUUCCAUGACUGUAAUGAGAAAUUUUUACUUCCAGGUGCUUUCAGUGAGAAUUAACAUUGCUACUUUCAAUGUCUUGUCGCAUAGGCGGCUAUCCAUCAUGGCUACCAGUUCGAAAUUUGUAAUAAAUAAAUAUAAAACUUUAAUAAAUACUCCCAAAAAAGGUUUUUCAGUACCUAUUUACAAAUAUAAAUGCAAACUAUAUCUAACAAGCUAAUAUUGUUAAAUGCUAACUGUCAUACAAUCAUUCAUUCAUUACAAGUUUCAGGGCUUUCUUAAAGGCCUUUACAGUUGUAGCGUUUCUAAGGUCUUCGUCUAACGUGUUCCACAGGGAUACUGCUCUAUAGGCGAAGGUUCGUUGGCCGGUGGUAGACCUGAAUAAUGGGAUUUCGAACUUCUCAUUAUUACGGGUUGUGCGAUUAUGUACAGAAGAUCGUUUUUUAAACUUAGUACAUAGGUAUUCAGGAGCUAAAUUGCUGGCACACUUAUAAGCCAUAACAGCGUCUCUGAAUUUGAGCAUCUUGCUAACUGGAAGCCAGUUGAGUUCAUCAAGUAAUGGCGUCACGUGGUCAUAUUUCCGAGCGCCGCAGAUAAUUUUGCAGGCGAAAUUCUGAAUAAGUUGCAGCUUUUCAAUGUUCUUAGAUGAGGUAUUAGACCACACGGUCGAACAGUAGAGCAUUUUGCUAAAGACAAGAGAUGUAAUAAUUAAAACCAAAGUCUUCCUAUCAAAACAAUAUUUCACGCGGUUGAUCUGAACCAGUUUAGUCAAGCAAGAAGAGACUAAGUGAGAGAUAUGAGUGUCAUAGGUCAGGUGUAAAUCUAUGUAUACUCCUAGAUCUCUUGCUGAUUCGACAGCCAUAAGAGUCUUUCCAAUAAACGAAACAGUAAAAUUAACUGAAUGUUUACUUAUCAUUUGCUUGGUGCCGAUCAACAUGAACUUCGUUUUCUCAGGAUUUAUUAACAAAUCAUUUGUGCAACACCAGGUGGCAACAUUGCGCAAAUCAUCUUCGAGCUUGAACUUUGCAUCAAUGACAUCGGCUACGGAAAAAGAUAGCAAAACUUUAGAGUCAUCGACGUAUGACUCGAGCUGGCAGAAUUGAGGAGCGCCUGGCAGAUCGUUUAGAUAAAUACAGAAGAGGAGCGGCGAAAGAAUCGCUCCCUGGGGGACUCCGUGUGUGAUUGGUAAUGGAUCUGAUAGCACAGAAUCGAUACGCACUGAUUGGGUCCGGUCUGAAAGGUAGCUGCGGAACCACUGAACUACGGCGGGUGAGGCACCUACAGCGGAGAGCUUCUGGAGUAACUUCUGAUGGCAAAUACUGUCGAAAGCCUUUGAGAGGUCGAGUAGGACUAAUGCGCUUAUUUCCUUUUUGUCCAUCGCCUCUAAAAUUAGAUCCGUGGUGUAAAUAUUCAAGGUCUCAGUUGAAUGGAGUGACUUGUUGCCGCUUUGGUGGGAUGACAAGCGGUUACGUGACAUCAGGUAGGUGAUAAAUUGUUCAAGAACGAUUUUCUCGCAAACUUUAGACGCAACAUUAAGUAGUGACAAUGGCCGAUUAUUCGGAGGCUGUUCGUGGUCUCCCUCUUUUAGGAGUGGGAUGACCUCAGCGAUCUUCCAGUCUGAUGGAAAAGUAGAAGUAACGAGUGAGCAGUUGAUUAUCUCAGUAAUAGGCCCGAGUAUUACUUGUAGGGCGUCCUUGAAUACUCUAGCUUUGGUUUUAUCAGGUCCUGGAGCUCUGUUCAAUGGUAAAGACAAGAUGGUACGCCUUACAACUUCGAUGCUCACGGGAGUGAACCUGAAGCAAUCAUCGGAAGAUGAUACAAGAUCUGGCAUGGAUGAGUUUGAACAGAUGAUAUUAUUUUCUAAUGCCAGCUUUGCAACAGCCUCAGCCGUGCGGCUUCCUACGGAUGAAAAAUAUGAAUUAAAUUCAUUUGCCACGGUCUUGAGGUCUUUAGAAUAGACGAGUUUCUCUUGUGUUUUCGAUGGAACGAUGUUGUUGAUCACUUUCCAAAGGGAUCUCGAGUUGUUCAUAUUAUUCUGAACUUCUUGAUAUGUAUGAUGUUUUUCAGCUUCAAUGAGAGCUUUUUUCACACUAUUGCGGGAGAUUUUAUAUUCUGCCCAGUCAAAUUCAUUGCGCGUUAAGAGAAAACGACGAUGGAGACGGUUUCUUAUUUUCAUAAGAUCCUUGAUCUCUUCGGUGACAAAUGGGCAUGGGCGGUUGCGAAUCUUGACUGUCUUUACCGGAGCGUGUGCAUCAAGUACUUGGCGAAAAGCAUUAUUAAAAAUGCCAAACUUGCUGUUUACAUCAGGUGCAGCAAACACUGAAAGUAAGGAGUCAGAAUGAGACGCCAAGUCGAAGGUGAAAUUUUCGGGGUCAUAGUUCUUGUAGCUGCGCACUGUUACAUAAUGAGGAGAAAUCUUAGGAGAUUUCAGUUUCAAAACAACGUAAACAGGAAGGUGGUCACUGAUUGGAUUGUUAAUGACACCGCUCUUACGAACAGACGAGGGGUCCGAGACUAAGAUGACAUCUAAUAAUGACUCGGUAGUGGCCGUAAUCCUGGUAGGCUCUUUUAUUAACUGCUGUAGGUUCAUCUCACGUGUAAAACUAUUGAUGGCUGCAUACUCACGGCAAGAGCUAUCGAGACCGUCGCAAUUUAAGUCACCAAGGAUAAUUAUUGGCUUAUUCAAUAACAGGGCUUGGGUGUAGACCGGUUUCAAUGUAUCUUCAAAGAAGCUGAGAGGUGUGUCAUCGGGGCGGUAUGCUACACAGAGCACAAUCGACUUGGAUUUAUUUAUUUAUUUAUUUAUUUAUUUAUUUGUAACCGAUAUCGAUGCAAUAAAACGUUGUAUUCUGAAUUCAUGUCUUCGAGGAUGGAAAAGGGCAUCAAAUACAGCCAAGAUCAGUCCAGCAUAAUGCUACUUUUCCAGCAUAAUAGGCAUAAAGCUGUUGUUUUGAGGAUGACCGUCUACAAGAAUAAUGCUCAAAUUUUCGAGCAUACCGUAUUUAUUCGAAUAAGCGCCCAACCUCGAAUUAGCGCCCACCUCGAAUAAGCGCCGACCCCCUACUCCUCCCAAUCAAACUCAAAUAAGCGCUCACCCCACCCCAUCCACUUGAGUGAAUAAAUUCUAAUAAGAGACUUCCCCGAGGACCGAGUCUUCUUCAGAGUAUUUUGCAGAAACCUUGCUUUGUUACUUCUUCGCGUUUUGUUAUUAGCAUUUAUUGUUUUGUUACAAAAUAAACAUACUUCACUUGCGGAAAAUGUUUAAAAUUUAAUAAGCGCCCAGCCUCGAAUAAGCGCCCACUCUCAAGGUCCAAAAAUUUAAUAAGCGUCUAGGACGGUUAAUCGAAUAAAUACGGUAAUAAGCGUACACCGUAAAAUUCCGAAAAUAAGCCCCUCCAAAUAUAAGCCCCCCAAAAAGGUCCAAAUAUAAGUCCUCCGGGGACUUGUACUUGGAAAAUUGCCCUCAAAUACAAAGUAAAACAACAGAAAAACGUUAAAUUUACUUCCAACUAUUAGGCUAGCCCAAUCGAUUUGUAAACGCUAAUUUCCCUCCGUAGAUAAGCCCCUCCGAAUAUAAGCCCCUCAAAAAAUAAGCCCCUCAAAAACGGCCUUUGAAAACUAUAAGCCCUGGGGCUUAUUUUCGGAAUUUUACGGUAUGUAUCUAAGGGAACGGUGCUUUCAUUCUCGCGGGAAAAAAAAUCCAUAAUGAUGCUAAAAAUAAACUGGUCUGUGAAAACGCCGCUAUUGCACGCUUCGGGGAUUUCCGGGUCCAAAACGCGCCAUUUUCCCACCCUUGAUUUGGCCGUGGGGAGAUGGUGAGUUGACGUGACGUGACACUGGAAAACGUGACAUCGAGGAGGCAAGAUGGCGGCGGGCGAGUACCUCGUUUGCUUCUCUGAAAAAUGUGAGAAAGAAGAAGUCAAACAAUACUUUGUUGAUUGUUUGAGUCGGGCUAAGUUUAGUGUAACCCGCGAAGAAUUCGAGGGGAAAACAUUAUUGACUGUUGAUGCACCAUUUAGGAUACUUGCAAAUAAGGUGAGCUUCAAACCGGCGCUGGAGACGAACUGAAUGCAUAUCAUACGUUAAUUUGGAACUUUAAAAAUCAUAUUCUCGAGUUUCUCCUCUCGCAAGAAUGAAUAUGGUUUGAAUUUAAGCUUAAAGAUAUUUUGCUGUACUAACGAAUUGUUUUGUUUCAGGCGGAAGAUGUUGGCUUGAAGAAGACCACAAAGAAUGAAAACAAGGCGAGUUGUUUAUGAAUUUGAAUUAUUGAUUUCUAUGCACGUUUAUCCUUCUUCUAUUAAAAACUGGAUUUUAAUAAUUAUAUCCUUUUAAUCACUAACUUCAUUUCGGUAGCAAUCAUAAGCUUUGGUACUGGUAUAUAAACAUUUCAAAAUGAAUAUACCCAUCACUGCGAAAUAAAACUACCCUCUUCUUUUUAUGUUUGUCUUGAACAUGUAGUUCAAUUUUUAACAGGGGUUGAGGUUCUAGGCUUAAUUGCAGAAUACUCUGCCACGGUGCUACAGUUUAACCACUGAACUUUCAAGGGCACUAUAUAUAUGUUGUUGUUAUUUUUUUAUUUCAGUUAAUUUUUAUUUUUUCAUUGUUUUUGGGUAUGGUAACGUAUGCUAAUGAAUUUAAAACAAAGGAAAAACAGAUAAAAAAAUAAAUUAUAUAAAAAAAUUAACUGCAACAUAUGGAAGGAUCACAAUACCAAAAUAAACUUGUACCGUAUUUGAGGAAGGUGUGCCUCAAAAACAAUUCUCUAGCCCCAGUUGUUGAAAAGGUGGAUAAUGCUGUCAAAUGGAUAAAUCUCUAUCCAUCUAUCCAAGGCAGUAUCUCUUCUCUAAGGUUCGACCAGCUUUAUUUUCCAUCUGUCUACCAGUUUUCUGGGUGUUAGCCAUCACAAACUUGAGGAAGCCUUCAAUCCUUGAGCAUUCUGAGGUGACACUUUUUAUUCUUGUCUUUUUUCUUUAAGGUUAAAGAAUUUGUUACAGAAGAACUUGACAAGUUUGCUGGAAGUGACAAUCAAGAAACUUUCUUUACCCCAGCAGAAAGGGUAUACUUGCUUGAGAUCUGUCUGGAAUCUGUCCAGUAUGACAAAGUGAGUUGUGUUGGCAGAUUUUGCUUGUACCCAUCAGACCUAGUGGCUGAUGCAAUUAUCAUACCUAUUGUAGAAUGUACUUUGUUUUACGCCACAAUUCAGUUCUCCCUUAGUUGGUAAAAUAUUAAGACUACAUUUUUGAGUGAUAUUCAGUGGUCCUGUAGGGUAAUUGGUUUGUCAACAAUUAAUAAUAAUAAUAAUAACAAUAAUAUUUAUUGCUUUUAUUGUGUAUUUUAACAUUCAAAAGAUAUUCAGUUAUCAAAUGCACACCCAAUUCACAAUCAAAAACCUAACACUGUACAUAUUUUCAUCUCUCUUACAUAAUAUUUCUAGGGGUGGAUCAUAGAUCAUUUUUCAGUGUUUUGUGAAAAUGUCGUGGAGAAUCUGAAUGGUCUGCCUUGUAACAAUAAAAAGUAAACAUGGUACUUUCCUGGGGCAAAUAUCCUGAUCUUGCUGAAGCCUUUAGCCCUUGUAUUCUAACUUGUAAACUAUCAUGUUUUUACUUAGAACUGCAUCUGUCUUCUGAAUUUAAUUUGGGUGGAACAAAGUGGCUGUGGCCCACUGUGGGUCAUUUUGGAGUAAAUUAUGUUUGCUCUAAUAGUUAAUGCAAACAUUUACCCCAAAAUGUCCCACAGUUUGUUGUACCCAAAGUAAGAUUCAGAUAACAGAUGCAGAUCCAAGUAAAAACAUGAUAAUUUUUGUUUAGCUCUCUUUUUUCCUCCUUCCUAUCACUUGUGACCAGGUUAGUGGUGUUCAUGCAACAAUUUUAUUAUUUCAGGAACAUCUGGCUUCUUACAGUAUCAAGUUUAGGGGGGAGGACUCAUUCAUUACAGACUGUCUGCAUUCUAAACCUCCAAUCUUAGAGUCAGCAUUUCCUCUUCAUCACCCUCAUGAACAGGAAAAAAUUUGGAAAAAAAUGAAGCAAAAUGUGAUUGUAUGUCCUUUGCAGGAGAUAAGAGAUUACUAUGGUAACUUCACAAUAUUAUUACUGUGAUCCUUAGUAUUAUUCAUGUCAUUAUACUGCAGGGUGCAAAGAAAAUCAUUUUUACAGCUUGCCAUUCGGGAAGCUGAAGCUAGAAUUUACUAGCCCAGACAUCAUUUCAACUAGCCCCAAAGGCCUUUUGAUGAGCAGAAUUGAUUUCACAGUUCUUCCUUUAUUCAAAUUGCUCAAAAAACAUCACUGGCCCGUUGGGCAAGUUAAAAACAGAAUUCACUAGCCCGAUAGCAAAAUCCACUAGCCCUGGGCUAUCACACACUACUUUCUUUGCACGCUCUACUGUCAAUUUAAGUGGUUACAUAAUUAUGAUGGUACCAGUGAGUGUUCAAUUAUUAUUAGUCCUGAAUUAGGACUGUUGGUUAUUAUGGUAACUGAAUUUUGGCAACUUACACAGAUGCCAUCAUCAGAGACACAAAGAGCUGUUUAUCAUCAUUUGAGGGUAUUAAACUUGCUAUAUUGACCUGAUUAGUACAAAUAAUUUAGUCAAGUCUACAUUAUUUUUAAAAUGCAUUGGUAGUCUGUCAGUUAAGCAGUAAUGUUAAUGCCUGUCAAGAAGAAAAAUAGGACAAGAAAGAAGUGGGGAGAAAGGAAAAGUGAAAUGUUGAAGUUGAAAGUGACAGUGUCUCUUCUGUUUUUUCCCAGAACUUUAACUCAACAUAUUGUCCUCUGCAACCAUGCCUAAACUUCAGAAACUGUAAAUUGUAAUAUCAAGAACAAAAACCUGCAAUUCUGGACAAAAGUCCUUGGGACUGUUAUGCAAUAUUCAUAACUGCCUAUAAUUUUAGAUUUCCUUCUUAACGCCUUGCUAUUUUCCUCACAAAUGUCUUGCAGAUCCCCCUCUCCUACCCUAUACAAUUUUGAAAUUUAAAAUCAACCUUGUAUGGGGUGGGAGGAGGGAAUCCAAGACAUGUGUAGUAUAAAGGCUUUUGUUCAUGACUUUUAAGGCAUACUGCUGUGACAACAUGUUGGGGGUUUUGGUUCUUUUUGGCUUGAUAUUGACCAAAAAAUGGCCUGGAUUCCAGGUAAAUGGGUUCAUAAAAAAUUGGGGUACAUACCUCCUCUUAGCCUGAGAAAGCUGACAUUUUUCAACAUCAUUACUGAUUUCCCUGCAAAAUGAUGUCUGAGACGCAACUGCAAAAAAUUCCUUACUGAUGAAAUGUUAACUCCCAGAUCACAGGGUAGUGAUUUUAAUUGGCUGAUCAAGCAUGUUUGCCUUAUGGCAUGACCAGUCAGAAGCAUCUUUUUAAAUUUCAUUUAUUCCAAAGUUGACAGCAAUGACAAUAAUUACCACAUACACACACGGACUACACACCUAAAAACACAUGCAUUAUGCUAUACAAUCACUACCAAUCAAAAGCUAGCAUGCAACAGGUCAUUAGGAUAGAAUUUUCUGUGCUUGUUCGUCAGACUUUAUUUCAUUGGAAAACAAGUGGUGGCGUAACAAAAUGUUGACUGUUUUCUCAGGCUAACCUCCUCUUGGAUUUGGCCAUUGUAUUGAGCUAUUUUUUUUUAUUGUAGGUGAAAGUGUUGCCUUCUAUUUUGGUUGGAUGACAUGUUUUACCUGGACUUUAGUACCAAUAGCAUUUGUAGGGAUUCUGUUAUACUUCUUUAAGCCUCGUGGUGUGACUGUGGAUGACAACCCUCUGUUACCAGUAUAUGAAAUACUGACGGCUUUCUGGGCAAUAAGUUUUCUUGCUGUGAGUAAACUGUUUACUUGAAAAAAAUAGAGACAAAGCUCUUAUUUCAACUUGAUUGGAUAUUUGAAAUUUUUUUACAAAUUGUGUAAUUGAAAGGCCUACAUUUCAUCCUAGAUACAUGUACAUUGUACAUACAUGUGGGCCAAGAAAUUUCUUUAUAAAUUAUGAAUAUUGUAGCAGGGCUGGCUCACCAGGAUUAUUAAGGUCCAAGUCAGAGUUCCGAUAGCAAAAGAAAAAGGUGUUUUUGUGAGUUGACCUGACUGCCACCCAACCUCGCUUAGAGAAUUUCACAUCAUAGUAAUUGUGUAGUAAUGGCAAAGAAAUUUACCAAAGGUGUGAUACACGUGCAGUGUCGUUUUGUAUGUCAAAUGUGUUGCUUUUUUGACAUUCCGGUUGCUAUCAUCAUGAUGAUAAUCCUCCCAAAAAACACUCAAACAAAUCUUGAGCACACAUAUUGCAGUUUUAUUCAUGGUUGUCUUACACCAAUACCCCCUGUUCAAAAUAUGUAUGUGUUCAAAUAACCUUUAGAAACCUAAGUUUGGUGAAUAAUGCUAUAGUUUGCACAUCUCUGUCAAUUAAUCCACGGUUCAAGCCACUAUUAAUAAUAAUUAUUCAGUUGAAGUUAUUAUUUUUCCUGUGUCCUUUCAGAUCUGGAAGAGAAAAGAAUCAGAAUACUCCUUCUUGUGGCGCACACAUGGCCUUGAAAAAUCAGAGCUACUACGUCCAGAAUUUACUGGUAAAAUGCAGCCAAGCCCCAUCACUGGCCAACCUGAAAAGUACUUUCCCAGGUGGAAAAGAUGGCUGCGUUAUGGCUUAAGUUUUGUUCUUACGUUGCCAGUUCUUGCCUUGGCCGUUGGUGCAAUGCUGUGUUCACUUAAUUUUAAUGGUUACAUUAAAGACAAAGAAAGCCCUGUUUACAUUGCUGCUUUUGCUUACUUUGCAGAACCUGUAAGUCAGCUUAAAUAUAGUUUUCUUUCCAUUUCUUUAAAUGUUACAUUGUUUCCUAUUUUUUUGACUGAAAGAAAAAUUUUUUGAUCCUUCAUGAAAUUCUCCCCUUGUUCCACACGCCAUAAAAAAACCUGAUUUGGAGAAAAAUUAUGAAAACCUGAAUUUAAUUUUGACCUGUAACAUAUAUACCCACAUUUGGUAUAUUUUGAUGUCGUCAUUGUUUUUUAUCAAACAAAAAUGUUGAGGAACAAAUAUGACAGAUAAAUUAUCCUACUUAAAAAAAUAUUUCCUUUGGGUUCAGUAUAGCUGGCCAGCACUUCCAUGAUGACUAGACAAUACUUUUUGCCUGUCGAUGAGCUUCCGGAUAACCAGCUGUGUGUAUGUUUAUUUUAAUUACCGCAUUUUAUAUUAAAAAUCAACUUCUCAUUUUAAUUGUUUUCAGUUUCACCUAUUUGAGCAAUUUUUCAUGUUUAAUAUUUAUGGUAGAAAUACAGAGAUCUCAGAUAAAAUGUAAUCACCUGAUUCUUUUAUUGUUUUCAGGGUCACAUUUUUGCAGCUGAUAAUGAGUAUUAUGGCUAUUUAAUUCCUACCAUUGGCCAUUCAGUUGUAAUCAAUAUUUUGAACAAACUUUACCGCUCUGUUGCGCACUUUUGUACUGACCUGGAAAAUCACAGGUAUGCAGAUGACCAUUGAAUAAUUGUAGUAGUUGUGCCGGAAGGUUUUUGGCCUCUGGAUCCAUACCAGUAAAUGAUGAUUUAUACAGAGAUAAAGGGAACUGUUCUCUUUUUUGUGGUCUUAAUUUUCAAGAUGGAAUUCUCAUUUGACCUUGAGAGGUUGUCAAAACAUUUAGAAAAGCUACACUUUGUUUGCACUUAGUUAAUUUCUUUUUCAACUUGUUUAGCAGCUCUUGAUCUUCCAUUUGCAAGUGAUUAAAAUAUCUUAUUCAGUACCUUUUAUUUAUCGUGGUGCUCAAUGCUCAUGGUGUCUUCUUGUUUUCUGAAACAUUAAGCUUUCUUUGAUGCUCGUUAUGUGUAGUACUUUGCUGUGUACAAAUAUGUAGCUAUUUUGUAAAAUACUGUCACGUGUAUACUAAGGUUUUCUAUUCACUUACUAAAGGCUUAAUUUUUAAUGUCUUUGCAGGGGUGGUUCUGAUUUUACCGCAUUCAUUUCAUCCAUGGUUUACUAAUUUCCCACUGUUUUGUUGUAUGAUAAUGUAUGGUCUGAGUUUACAACAUGAUCUAAGGAUAAAAUGAGCAUUUCAUAGCAUCAACCUUUUUUGGAAAUAACCUGGCCUAAUUUAUACUGUUUGUCCUUUCAUUUUCUCCUUUUAAUCAGGACAGAGAGAGACUGGGACAACUCACUCAUCAUAAAGCGUGUACUUUUUGAAGUUUUUGACUGCUUCCUUCCCUUGUUCUACAUUGCAUUUUAUCAACUGAAUGUUGUUGCUCUGCGGAGGGAAUUGGUUGGAUUAUUCUGGGGUAUGUGCAGUUAUUUGUUCUUUGAUGUAAAUGACAUUUGAUAGAAAUGAGCUGAACAGUUAGACAGUGUUUGACUUGAUAUGAAGUGAACUGCCAAUCAGUAACGGGUCUUGACAAACUGCAAGCCAGCCAGCCAUGGGAGUCACGCGAGGCAUCGGUAAAAAAAAAAGGAAACACAGGUAAAAACUGCAAAUUUACAGAUGAGGAGUUGAGCACUCAUUAUCCCGAUUAGGGUUAAGCACUCAUUGUACUGAUUAGGGUUAAGCACUCAUUUUAGGGCUAGGGUUAAGCGCUGUUUAGGGUUAAACACUUAUUUACAACGGUUAGCGUUCAGCUAAUGUUUUUGGUAUUACUGUUUUUGAUUUUUAUGGUGUUUUUUUCAAUGAUUCUUCAAUGGACUGCAUGGCUCGCAUGACUCACUGGCUCGCAUUUUAUACACACCCAUCAGUGACCAACCCUCCACUUCUUGACUUGUUCUUUCUAGAGUACAUUUACAUGUAACAUGUAACAGACACAUAGACUGUACAGAAGUACCUAUAACAUUUUUGUUUAACAUCCAACUAUCUGCCAACUCCAAGAGGGGCAGGGCGGGUUGGAGUAUGAUUUACUCGUCUGAAUGUCUGAAGUUUUGUAAUUUCCCAUUCACACCAAAGCUUAAACAUGUUUAAAAGCUGUUUAGUAGAACAUGGUCCAAAAUAAUUAUUGUUUUCAUCAUAAAAGCUGGUUACUGACUUUUGGCUAUUUGCAGAUUAUGUGUAAAUUACAGAGCAUGUUAAAGUUUAUUGCAUAAUGGGUAAAGGUCUGAUUUUGAGUUUCUAGAGUAUUGUUUUUUAAACUGGUUUAAUUAAACAUGCAUAGUUGGUGUGAAUGCAGCAUAAGCCAGCCUAGUUAAUUGAAUAGAGGACUUAUUGUGUUCACAUGUAAUUCUUUUAAGGUGAUGAAAUCCGACGACUAAUAACAGAAUCACUUGUCCCGUAUGUAACUGAAAAGGGUCAUGUGUGGAAGAUACGGAGAGAGUAUGCCAAAAGCAAGAAAGACUCAGAUGAAAAACCAUUCAUUCCCUCUCAGGUCAAGAACAAGCUUUUUAUAAACUUAAUGGAUAAAAAUCAAAAUCAUUAUUUCAUUCACAUAUUUAUGAAAUCAGGAAAAAGCUAAAGCACCUCUCUGUAUUUGAACUGCUACACUGAAGGAGUCAUCUACAUUCUCCUUGGGUGGAUUAAUCCAUAUUUUAGGCUUCAUAUUAAUACAAACAACAUAUUAAUACAAACAACAACCACAGAAGAUUUCUUUUAUUUGGUUAUUUUUUCAUUUCUUUUUGCAGAUGAACAGUUUAGUUUCUUUGAUUGCAUGGUCAAAAUCUCUGUGUUGAACCAAUUAGUUACUGAACCAUAAGUUACAUGCAAUUCUGUUAAGUUUGUAAUAAUUAUUUUAAUCUUUAAUUCUGACUUUGUUAUUUUUUAUCAACAAUAAUAUUAACAGGCUCAACAAGACAUUGUUUUAGAAGAAUAUGAACAGUUUGAUGAUUAUCUGGAAAUGGUUGUACAGUUCGGGGUAAGUGUCUAAUUUUUUAGUGGUCCUUCCUAAAAAAUAUUAUUGUGCUUUUUUGAAGUGUAUUGAUUUCCAAUUUUUUUCUUUGUUUUUUGUUUAGUAUGUGACAUUGUUUGCCUCUGCCUUCCCAUUUGCUGCUGCUGUCAGUAUUUUGUUCUUGUUCAUUGAGGGAAGAGCUGACUUGUUUAAAUUACUGUACAUGUAUCAGCGCCCAAAAGUGAGGAGGUAUAUCAUUACUUUACUUUAGAAUUAUGAUCAAAGCAUAUUUGGUAUGAUGGAAAAAGACAUGAAACAGUGAAACCAUAAUCUGAAAACCCUGUUUUGUAGAGCUUUGCCUUUUAACCUUGAAGGAGAAUCUGUAAAUUUGGGCGUGUUCACUCAGUAAUCUCAUUCAUUGUAAAAUUAUCAUCAUAGAAGAAUAAAUGUUUGUGGGUCAUGAGCAUUUAUUUGAACAGUACCCUAUAGUUCAAAACUUUCUAGGCUUGAUAAAUUGUUAUUUUAACUUACACUACAGGGUGGCCAAUAUUGGUGUGUGGUUCAACGUUUUAUACUGUAUGAUGGUACUAUCCAUGCUCACAAACAGUUUAAUUGUUGGAUUUUCAUCUGAGCAACUUGCUGUUUGGUGCCCGUGGAUGUAUGAGACAAUUGACAAUGACCAAUUCAUUAUUAAUGGUUAUGGAAGGUAUGCUGUUGAUGGAACUAUAAAAAAUGUACUUUGUGAAUAUUAUGUUGUUGGUGAAAAGAAGAAAUGUAUCGAAAUCAGAUUCUUAACUUUGAAGUAUUCUGUGGAUUCUUUCUCAUGGAUAAAAUAAAAGAAAGAUAAAAAUUCAAAAAAUUUAUUCUGAAAUCUAGAGAUUCAAAAACUGGCUUAUUUUUGGAAUUUCAUGUGUUGUUUGUCUGUUUAGAUAUAAGGGGUAACUUCAGACAGUCAGUCAAUCAUACAAGUCAUUGACAUAGGCUGUAUGCAGAAUACAAUAAUUGGAUUAAUAUAUAUUAUUAAUCUAUAAAUGUAUCUUUCUUGAUGCACCUUUUUUCUCUGUAGGUAUGUUGUGGCCAUUGUGUUUUGUAUUGAGCAUUUCCUGAUCCUUUGCGCUGUAAUCUCAAGGUGCUUGGUUUCAGAAAAACCCAAGUGGGUAAGAAUAGCAAUUGCUAAAGAGGAGUAUGAGAAGGCACAGGAAGCCAAGGAGAGAAAAGAGAAACAUGAGUGAAUUAGUCAGCUUUUACAUUACUAAACUUCUCUGUUAUAAUGUUGGUGGAAAUGGUUUGCAAUAUUUAAUAUGAAAUUCCCUUACAUUCUUGUAAAAUUGAAUUGACUAGUACAGAAAUCCAUUACAUAAAUUUGUACUUUUAAAUAACUUAUUUCUUGGAAAUGACAUAGGUUAAUAAUAAAUAAUUAUUUAUAACUCAAAACUUUUUUCGACCACCAUUCAAGUCAAGGAUAUAGGGUUACAUUGCAAUUUUUGGUACAGUGUUACAAACUUUUCUAGGCUGUACAUGUCAAGUUUGCACUGAG